UUUAUUAGUGGUAAGGCAAGCGACGACGCCGGUGGAAGUCGUAUCGUGUUGUUUCUCCUCACAAUCAAUCCCUUCACUCUGUUAUGUCCGUGGCAAUUUCCACUCAGAAUGUUGCUUACAAGGAAACUGAAUUUGGUAACCCAUAAAGCAUGAUUAGAUGGAAGUGAAAGUUGAGGCUUGUGCUUUGUUUAUCAGUCAAUUGCUUUAAAUUGCAGGAAUGAUCUGGUGCUGAAUUCUGCAGUAGAAGCCCUUCUUUUAUACUGGUAAAUAAAAGGGGAUACAGGAAAGAAAAAAGGGUAGGAACACCAGAAGUCUGGAACAAAAACUAAGUUGCGAACUAGAGAGAGAGGGAACCUGUGGCUUGCAGCAGCGGCUUCGCCAGAAUGCAGAGAGAACGACGGAGAGGGAAGACGGAGAAGGAGGAACUGGUGCCGGACGGUGCUGCCUGGCAUGCUACUGGUGGUUCUUCUGGCAGCAGCGCAGCAGAGACGGAGAGAUAGAAGAGUUUUUGGACCGUCAGAGAGGAAGAGGCAGUUUUAUGAAGAAAGGAGGCUGAGAAAGUCAUGCUAAUGGAAGUAGGAGCAGGCGACCCUUAUGCAACUAAUCCAGGUCCAAUUGAUGGUUCGGUUCUUUAUGAUCAAGACAAGCAUGUUUCCACAGCAGUAUGGGAUGGACAGGAGCGUGGGGCUCUCAGAUGUCAUGAACACACUUCAAAACUUGAUCAGUGGACACUUACCCCAAAACAGAUCGAGUUGGUAGAGAGGGCUGGAUUUGGAUACUUGAGGUCAAUCCCAGCUAUUAGCCUGGACAAUCCACUUAUCUCUGCUCUAGUCGAAAGGUGGAGAAGAGAAACAAAUACUUUUCACUUGAAUGUUGGAGAAAUGACGGUAACCCUUAAAGAUGUUGCACUCUUGCUUGGUCUAGCAAUUGAUGGAGAUGCUGUAAUAGGUCUUACAUAUACCGCGUGCAAUUCGGUUUGUGAGAAGUAUCUUGGCAAGGUGCCAGAAUCUGGCUACACAAGUGGUGGAAUGGUGAAGCUGAGUUGGUUGAAAGAGUUCUUCUCUCGCUGCCCUGAAGAUGCUCCCAUCGAAGUAAUAGAGCAACAUACUCGUGCUUAUCUUCUAUAUCUUGUAGGUAGCACUAUAUUCUCCACCACUACGGGGAAUAAAGUCCCCGUGAUGUACUUGCCAUUGUUUGAGAAUUUUGAUAGAUGUGGACAGUAUGCCUGGGGUGCUGCAGCGUUAGGAUUCUUGUAUAGAGCACUGGGUAAUGCAUCGCUGAAAACUCAAAGCACCAUUAGUGGCUGUUUAACACUACUGCAGUGUUGGAGUUACUUUCAUCUAAAUAUCGGGCGCCCAAAGCUUAAUCUUGAUAUGAUGCAUGAUCGAUUUCCAUUUGUGCUUAGAUGGAAAGGCAAACAAAGUGGUCCGACUGCAAAUCGUGAUGUUGUUUUUUAUCGCAAAGCUUUGGAUUCGCUAAAAUCAUGUGAUGUAGAGUGGCUACCCUACAGAAACAUGGACAGCAUGGUAAUUCCUGAACAUAUCAAAAGAACUUUGUUUCUUGGGAGAUCGAAGACAAUGUUGAUAUGCUUUGACAAGGCAGAAAGACAUCUUCCAAAUCGGUGCUUACGGCAGUAUGGCAUGCUUCAAUCAAUCCCAGAGGAUGUAGAGCGAUGGGAGAGGAAGAGUAGAGGAGUGGAUGGCGGGGUUGAUUUAUCCGGUAAAAUGGAAUCAGAGCUUAAUGAAUGGAUGGAACGCCGUGUGCAUAUUGUUGACAGCGAUGAAGGUAUUGAUGAAAGUGAGUACAUGGAAUGGUAUUUGAGAAUCACUCGAAAGUUCAUCGGGAGGCCUAUUUCUCUCUCGUCCGAGUUCCAGAGAACGAAAAUAAACAAAUCUAUGCAGAAUGCUGGUCUGAGGGACAUUGCGCACAUUGCGGAUACCUUCUCGACGAAAGGGUUGGAUCCACAACAAAUAGAAUCGAUAUCACGGAUUAGAUAUAUCGCCCAUGAAUGUUUGAGAGACCAAAUUGGCGGUCCGGUCAUGGUCUCAACCUCCCCCCAAGUUGAACUUGGAAAAAGGGUAAGAGGAAAGGAGAGGGUUAGAAGAAAAGGCGCGGGUAAACGAUUACGGAAGGAUGGUGCAGUUCAAUAUACUAGUGCAGUUAGUGAAGAUGAACAACCUCAGUUUUAUGGUACUGCUAUUCCGGUUGAUCAAUUACAUCUUACAAGGAUUGAUAGAGAGUUGGAUCAUGCACAAUUAUGUUCUGUAGAGAAUGCAGUUAGUGCUGUCCAGUUGAUUCACGCCGAAGGUGACAGUGAGAAUCUGCAGCUCUGUGAUGCACACAUUGGUGUCAACCAAUCAGAGUUGCACUAUGCAGCCGUUGCUGAUAAUCACAACAAGCCGGACGAUCUUGCUGCCGACGCUAACCAUCAAGAUCUAAAGGAUGGAGUUGGUGAGGAAAUAAAGGAAGAGUUUAACCAUAUGACUGGUGAAGAGAAUAUCGAAGAACUAACUGUGGCCAACACGGUUCAUGAUGUACAACAACCCUAUCCUAUGGUGAAUGAUAGUUCACAGGUUUGCGACGAUGCCAUGCACGCGAUUAACAACAACCUUGCAGAGACAGCUGCAGAUGUCAGUCAGUCGCGUCUCGGCAACUCGGCUGGGGAGGUCAACCCGCAUCAGAGCAACGCAGACGACGAUUUUGUUAAUUCGCAACUUUCCCAUAUUAGCAAUGAGAGUGAACAACAGCCAUCUGCUAAAGCAGGAAUAGAAGUGUCUCAACAACAUUCUUCCAUUGAAACCCAUGAGGAUAUUUCACAGAAAGGUGAUUGUAGUGUUGCUGUAUAGGGUGAAAGAGCCUACACUAAUGUAGUUUUUUUGUAGAGAAGCAAAAUUUUAGGCAGAAGAAAACCUAAUUUAAAAGAUGUGGUGGUGCCAUGUAUAAUUAUUCAUAUUAAUUUAUCUUCUUAUUUUUUUUUCA